AUGGAGAAUUGCAAAUUACAAGAAGAACAAGAAGUGCUAUCAUCCAUAUAUGCAGAUGAAUGGAAAAAGGAAAUUGAUGGAGAGAAUUCCUAUAGCAUUCAAAUAAAUCCAGAUGUUAAACUAUAUGUAACUCUGAAUGAUUCUUAUCCUUCAGAAGGCCCUCCAAUUUAUAGUCUAUUAGCUCCAACUUUAAGUAAAUAUCUGAAACAUAAAAUUGCUGAGGAAUUCGAUACAUUGUACUUAGAUAAUUUAGGUGAACCUGUAUUAUUUCAGUGGAUUGAAAAGCUAAAGGAGCUGGUUAAUGAUGGCAUAAAUGAAAGCACAGAAGUUUUAAAUCACUCAUUAGAAAAUGAUAUAAAUGAAGCAGCAACUGACAAUAGCAGAAGAUGUGAUAUUAGAAUAAUACAUGGACCUGUAAUUAUGGACAGGAAAAGUUCUUUUCAGGGACAUACCUGUGAUGUAUCUUCAGCAGAAGAUAUAAAGAAUGCUUUAAAUACUUUACUAGAAAAUAAAAAGAUUUCACAAGCCACACACAACAUAUAUGCUUACAUAGUUAAACAAUCUAAUGGCACAAUAUUACAGGAUUGUGAUGAUGAUGGUGAAACUCACGCAGGCGGACGAUUAUUGCAUUUAUUACAAAUAUUAAAAGUUGAAAAUGUCAUGGUUGUUGUUUCUCGAUGGUAUGGGGGAAUACAUUUGGGACCAGAUAGAUUUCGACACAUAAAUAAUGCUGCCCGACAAGCAGCUUAA